CGGUACAUUGCUGGAACAUAAACAAACACGCCAUGGCAGACAUCCCUCCGAGUAGACAGGAAAAGUCCCUCGGUUUGCUCACCUCCAAGUUCGUAUCACUGCUCCAGGAGGCUGAGGAUGGUGUACUGGAUAUCAAAUCGGCAGCUGAUCAGUUGGCUGUGCGACAAAAGAGAAGAAUAUAUGACAUCACCAAUGUGCUAGAAGGAAUUGGUUUGAUUGAAAAAAAGAGUAAAAACUCAAUAGUAUGGAAAGGUGGAGGACCUGGCUCCAACACACAGGAGUUCACAGACCGUGCUUCCAUGCUAAAGGAGGAGAUCUCAGAGCUGGACCAACAUGAGAAGAUGCUGGAUCAACACAAACAGUAUGUACAGCAGAGUAUUAAAAACAUCACGGAAGACUUGAGCAAUUUCAAGAUGGCGUAUGUCAACCAUGAAGACAUUUGCAAUUGUUUCCAAGGUGACACUCUCCUGGCUAUUCAGGCUCCCUCAGGAACACAGCUGGAGGUACCAGUCCCUCAAAUGGUGAAUGGAGACAAGAAGUAUCAAAUUCACCUCAAGUCUGAGAGUGGACCGAUCUAUGUACUACUAGUCAACCAAGAUCAGGAACACACUCCACCUCUUGUUGUACAGGUUCCUCCUCCUGCUGGUGCCCUGAAGCCUGAGCCUGAAAGAAAGGGAGUCAAGAGAGCAGCCUCCACACCUCCAGCUCAGCCCUCUCCACCUCGCUCUCGUUCCACACCACAGAAAGGCAUCACAGCUCACACGCCCACCACUGUGUCUAGUCCCUCACAUCCAGAGAGUGGUGAUGUAGCUGAAACAGCACCAGUCUCCCGGAGGGUGCCACGCAAGGCCUCUGCAGGUGUGAGCAGUGUGACUGAGGCGUUGGCACCAAGACGAGCGCGCAAGAGGCAAGAAGCAGCAGCGGCGGCUGCAGCAGCAGCAGCAGCGGCAGCAGCAGCAAAGGUGUCAUCUUCCUCAGAUGUGGUGGUGAAGCAGGAAAGUACAGAGGAGAUGUUGCCUGUGUCACUCACCAACAUCAAACAGGAGAGACAGGAGGAAAUGAGCACCAGCCCUCCCUCACAUCGUGCUAUAGAUACUGUACUAUCAACCACUGGAGAGAAUUCAGUAGAAGAAUUAAUAUCUGCAGAAGUGUUUGCGCCUCUGCUGCGGUUGAGCCCUCCUCCCUCUGAACGGGACUACAUGUUUAACCUAGAUGAUACCGAGGGUGUGUGUGACUUCUUUGAUGUUCCUAUUCUUAGUUCACUCAGUGCUGAUCUCCAGUAAGCAGUUAUGUGAGAGAAAUUCUAAGUCACUGAACAGUACAUUUCCACUUCCCAGAAUAAGCAACUUGUGUCAAUACCAAGAUAGUUUUAGAGGGAGGACAAAAUGGAAGCCAAUACUAUGAAAUCAGUUUCAGCAGAACAUUUAGAUUUAAUGAUUCCUUUUAUUUUAUUUAUUUAUUUAUUAUUUUUUUUUUUUUUAGGAAGUAAAGUACUUUGACAUUGGAAGUUGUUAAGAGGUUAUUUGCCUUCAACAAUAGGGUGAAAUUUUCAAGAUAAGAAUUUUUUUUUUUACUUUUUAACUCAAUGAAUAAAUGAAGUCAGCUUUGGUGGUAGUGGCUGUCAGGUAUGAAUGCCUGGUGUGUGGCUGUCUUGUUGACUGACUGAAUUAAUUACGUUAGCAGCAUCAUUACUGCAUAAGAUAAUUCAUGCAUUCCAUAAAUUAAUUUCUUGCCAGAAUUCAGUAAUGCACCAACCAGACCAAAGAUGAUAAUAGUGGCACAGAUAGUGUCAAAUGGUCUUGCAAUUAUAAUAUAAACAGUUUAUAAAUUUGAAUGUAAAUUUACCCUAAUUUUUUUUUCUGGAAAAGGACAAAGAGAAAGAUAUGGACAAAUACAUAAAUAUUUCAUGAAGUAAUUUCUGAUGAUAUAAUUUUGAGAUCUAAUGUGACACUCUUUGAGACUUGUUAGGUGCUAUAAUAAUGUUGCUUUUUAACUAUCUUCAAGGACAAGAUUUAAAGGAACUGCACUUGGUUGUUAAAUAAGAAUAUAAUGCUUUUCAAGAAGGUUAAUGUUUAUGAUUGAAGGUCUUCUCUAUACUGUAUGCCACUGAACUGCCAGUGUCAUUUAUCCAGUCCUGUUGAAACUUUGCACUAAGUGUGAGGGAUGGGACAAUGUUGGCAUCAGGAGAUGAGACAUCGCUGCACACCCAUGAUACAGACAUCAGAUCAGCUCUGCAUUACUGUGUUGCCUGCUGGGUAAUGCAGUGACCAGGUAGCAUGAACUAAUAAUGAAUGUUCAAAAGGAUAAGCUGUGAUUGUAAACAUGUAUGUGCAGAGUGUUAGUGUUGGUGGUGUGUGGACAAUGACUUGUCUUUACUGUUAGCCAUGUUAUUUAUAGGGAGGAAUGGAGGAGGCAAAAUUUUGUGGAUUUCUUUAUUUAAUUUAAUUUGGAUGAAUGGCUAUUGUUAGAAUUAGGCAAUGUACUUGCUUUCAGUUGACUUGUACACUCAGGUUGUUGACGAAUGGAAACUGGCCAUGUUACGUUUUGUUGAGUUGGUGGAGCAUGUAUUAGUGUGAAUGCAAGUAUUAUUCCCUUGUGUAAGCAAGACAAAUAUAUAUAUAUAUAUAUUUUUGAAAGAAUUUUUGAUUACAGACAAAAUAAAAAAAAUGAAUUUCAUGGUUAUUGCAUUUACCAAAGCAUGUUUUACCUUCUCAGGUAAUGUUCUCUGAUAUAUUGCUUAUUAGCAUCUCAAGCUCCUAUUGUAUGUCAAAAUGUGUUUGUAGUCUCAAACUACAUAAAGGAGCUUUUCUAAAUAUUGCAAACCAAAGACCUUUUGUCUAACAUUAAGAGUGAGGCCAACUUGGCUCAUAAAAACUCUGCCAUCUCAACUGUACAGUUAUGAGGUGUCAGCAUAAGUACAAAGGGCUAAAGAUUAAUGUGGACUCAGCUCUGCCUUGUGUUGUAAAGUUGAUUCACUGCAAGAAUGAGGAAAUUUUGUGGGACGGAGCUGAGACUACAAUUAUUCUGGAGCUACACAACUGUAAACACGUACAACUUCCAUAGUUGUUGUUGACUAUUUUUGCUUCACACACACACACACACACACACACACACACACACACACACACACACACACACACACACACACACACACACACACACACACACACACACACACACACACACACACACACACACACACACACACACACACACACACACACACUGGAUCCUUGUUAUAUGCCUCCAUAGCUAGAGACUUUAAUUUCAGCUCCCUCAAAAAAUGUUUCCAAAGGACACCUAUACGUAUUUUUUUCUUUAUGUUCUUUAAUACAUGAGAUAUAAUAGUUUGAACUUAUCAACUGAUGUUUAUUUAUUUAUUUUUUAGUUUUUUAUUUAUUUUUUAUUAUUAUUAUUUUUUUUUAUUUAUUUUUUAUUCUAUUCUUUCUCUCUCCUUCCUUUCAUUAGGAAACCACAUGAAUUCAUGAUAUUCUGAUUUUAAAAGUAGACUAUUUCCAUCUCAUGUCUGAUCCAGCCUUCUUGACUUUCCUAUUAUUUGUGAGAAACUCAUCUUUAUGAAACUUUCUUAAUGCUAACUUGAAGUUUUAGAUUGAACACUUUGGAUAUUUCAUAUAUGGAUCAUUUUAUUUUCAAGAUAAUACACUCUUACAGACAAAAGAACUUACAAGAACUUGUGAGGCCUCUGAUAUGUUAGCUAGGAGUAAAACAUCCAAGAUGCAUCUAAUAAUGAAUAAGCUAAAGCAAAAGAUGCAGUUGAAAUCACGAGCACUCCGUUACUCACUUACUCAGUGAGAUAUUAACUGCUCAUGAAUCAUCUUAUGAAACUCCUUUCAUGCUUAACAGAUUUAUAGGAAUAGCUGCAAAAUUUAUAGUUUGCACCUGAUAAAAACAAAAGCAGGACGAAGUAUAUUUGGCCCUCAAUUUAAUGGAUCACAAAAUCUCAACAGACAAAUCUACUCAGCAACAGAGUUUCUGUCAGUUGCUGGGUAGAUUUGACUUUAGGAACAUCAAAACCCUAAAAUAAUGAAUAUAUAAAAUCCUAUUAAAAUGAGUUGGAAAAUAAUAUGUAUACUACUAUGUAUAUAAAAAACAUGAAGGAAAAGAAAAUCAUUGCAAUCUUGAAGGGAGGCAGGUAUAGAGGCUGACAUAAUAUAUGUUAACAUGGUGCAUUCAUUGUGUUAACGCACCAUGUUAACACUGGUCUCACCACCCAUGCCUCAGUCUGCACUUGUCUCUUGAGGAAUGUAUGUACAUACAGUACAUACAUUGUCCAAUGCUGCUUUGAUUCUGGUGUUUGUUUUAUGCUGAGAUACCUCCCAAACAAGAAAAAUGUAAAUGUGUGAAUCUAAUCAUUAUUUCAAUUGUUUAACUUAUUAUAUUACUCUAUAGUACAUAUUAUGUUCAGUACUUGGUUAGGUUACAAAUCUUUUGUUUUUGUUUUUUCUUCUGGUAUUUAUUGUAUGUAAAUUUUUUUCAAACAAUGGACUUUUCAAGCAACAGACCACCCUUCCCUCCCUUUAAACUUGUUAAAUUGAGGGCCGAGUGUAAUCUUCUUAGAACCAUUUGCAGACAAAAAUAAGAUUGUGUGCAUUGUGACUCGGACAAUCCACAAGUGUGUUUUUUUUAUAACUACUACUAGUGUGUAUGUUAUAAAAGUAUCACAUCUCACUUUUUUUUCUAAAUACUAUAAUACCUUUUGAUGUACUUGUUUGUUUUUAAUAUCCUCCUAUAUUGUUGAAUUGAAAUAAGAUGCAGUUAUAAGUUUGUGUAGGAGGCUUCCCUAUUUUUGUUACAGGAAUCAGAAUAAAUUGUGGAGCCCUUUGGAUUACAACCUUAUUUUCUCCAUUGUGAUUAUAUUCAUUGUUCAUUUUCACACUCAUCAUUCACUUAAAAAAAUUAUUCAGUGAUAUAUAUAUUAUUGAAAAAAAUUCCCAUUUUACAUGCAAAAAAUCUGAAAAAUGUAUGGAAGUUGUAGUUUUUAUUCUGGUAAGAGAGGAAAAGGUUGGGAAUGAAUGCACUAAGAGGAUGACAAAGCCAGUUGUUUGAGGCAAAGCCAGAUGGCUCGUGUCUAUGGCUCAUUUUUUGUGCUGUAAAAAAAGAGUGAAAAGCAGAAACAUUCACAAACUUAUGGUAUUCAUGUCAACAAUACCUGUGAUCAUGCAUGAAAUCCCUAGUUUUUAUUAUUUGUGGGUGUCAUGACUUUAUAAUGCACCUUAAAAGAGUUGAACAGGAAUGCAACAAAUUAUGUUAGUUAUCUUACAUGUUCACCAUUGUGCCAUCAAUGGUAUAUUUUCCCAAUCUUACUGUGUAGUAUGUUCAAGUAACUAGAGUGAGAUGAUCAGUUGCACCUGUAACCAUCAUAACUUAAUUUUAUUUCAAAAUUACUUAAUUGUUAGUAGCUACUACAGUGGGACAUUAAGAACAUGAUUGAUAAACUCAUUAAGCAUGGGAAGUUAAGUUUUUUUCAUAACUGUGUAUGUUCCUAAUUCUUAUCUCCAUUGGCAUACAAUUUUCAGUUGUGUUUGUUUAUCAGAAAUGUUUGAAAGGGAAGUGGUGAUGUUUGCCACUAUGAUACAAACCAGUAACACCCAUAAUAGUACACACACACACACACACACACACACAGAGCUUGGGAGUAGAUAGACUUUUCACAGUAUAGAACUGUGGUCCUCAAACUCAAACUAGGAGGUAUGGGGCACAUCAAGUUUUGUGAAUCAAAAAUUACAUAAUAUGAUGUUAGAUUUUCCAUUGUGAAUUCAAACUACCUUAACCCUAUUUCAUCUCAUCCUGUGUCAUGUCUCUCCAUUCUAGUCUUACUCUUUCCUCAAUUUUUUACUCACAACUUGUGCAUUUUUCAAGGUGGCACAGGUAAUAUGUACCCUAAUGAAACUUGUCAUUUAGAAUUUAAUUUUGAUGAGUUUAUCACUGAUAGCUUUUAUAUUACGAGUUUAAUAAUUGCAAGUUUCUUACCAACGUGGUUGUUGCUAUCAUUCAAUGAAAAAAGGCCAUUGUUUCCCUUGUCCUUUCUAGCCAGCAUUUAUAUAAAUUAUAUGUAGGCUACAUUUCAAUGAUUUGAUCAUCCUGUAUAGUUUUGAGUUGUACACCAUUAAUCAGAUGAAAUAAUUUUACUAUAACCUUGUACAUAUAUCUCAGUUGUGGGUUAUUCUUGCUGUUUACUUUGUUGAUUUGGAGUACAUAGUGGUAUUGGUGUUUGAAAUAUAUGAAUCGGUAAUUGUCUCCUCCUCUCCUAUCACAAAAUAAGUAGUAUGAUAUAUGUAGGUUACAUGUUUGUACUGUUGAUGGCACUUGAAAAUCCAAGUUAAGAGAACACAUGCGAAUAACUUGAUACAGUACUGUUAAAUUGUGUUUGUUAAGAGAAUCUCACUGCAGUAAAAGUAAAUUUAUUGUUAGUUUUAUAAUGUGGCAGCUUUCAGGGAUUACAUUGUACAUGUGUUUUUUUAUUGUUUUAUGGCUGUACUGAUGACUCUUGUAUGUUACACUUGAAAGUGUUCAGUGUGAAGAGAACUGGACAGGUAUGCAGGCAGUAAAUUCUCACCAAUAUGAUUAGUAAAUAGUGUGUGUGUGUAGAAAAUAAGUGUGCAUAAUAUGAAAGUUUGCUGAUUUAGCAGAGGGAUUAUGUUUGGCUUUGGGCUCAUGCAGAGAAUGGAAGUAGUUUAUGAGCAAGUUGUCUAAGUCUGAUAUGAGCAAUGGAAGGCUAAUGGGUUGGGCUGCAUCAGUAGAUUUGUUGGUGUUGUGUGUGAAGGUAGGCAGUCACAAAUUGAAGGAUGUCUGUGUAUGUUUGUAAAAGGAAAGCUAAGCACUUGUUUUAUACUCAGUCACACCAAUGGUCUCUAUUUGAAGCAUAAUUCAUUGAGAUUCUUUUUAUGGCUUCCAUAUUACUGAAAAUGAGAUUAUUAAUAUUUUUGUGGUGUUAUUCCAAACAUUUGUGUGAUGCUGGCUCCUAAGGACAAGGUACUCUGGCUUGGCAGUGCUUUGUCUCAUUCUAUGUGAAAUCACUCCUGAAAAAAGAGCUACCAAACGCAGAAGAAACAUGAAUUGAGGGAAAAUGUUAUGUAGCUCUGAGAUUCACAUUUCUAUACCUGUAACUUUUUUUCUAUGACAGUAAUUCCAGAUAUUUCAGUCCACCUCACUUUUGGGCUGCUAAGAUGGUGCAAAGUUGGUGCUUGCCUGUGGUGCCGAGCUGAGCUAAAAAUGUAUUAAUUUUGGGCAGGGUCUUUGUGAAGGUGCUUGACAUUCACAACUCUGCAAGGGAGUAUUACCCUAAUAGUGGGGGUACUUUAGAGGGUCAUAAAAUCAAUAAAAUGGGGUAAAUAUACUCCAAAACAAUGGAAGUUUAAAAGAAGAUUAGGUAUGGAUGGGUUGAUAGUGAAAAUAGGUAGACAUGUUUUAUACAGGGACUGCCAUGUGUAUGUCUGAUGACUUAUUGAAGCUUUCAUUAUUUUAUGUUCUUCAAUGCUGAUGGGCUGUGUAGUAAGAGAAUAUGCCUUUUACAUUUUGAACAUUCAAAUGACAAAAUCCAGUUGUCAUGGUGACUUGAAUUGAUAGAGGCUACUGGUAUAGAAAGAGCUAGCUAGAUAAUGCUCAUCUCCACAAUGCUUAUUUAUGCACCAUCUCAUUUUUUCUGAAAUGUUCAAGAUCUAAAAGUUAUUGAAUUACAAAGUCUCCGUUUUACAGAGCCUUACUUAGUACAGAAGUGCUGGGGUAUAUGUCAUUAUCAAUAUGUGGGAAGGACAAAGAUUUGAAUUUUCAGAGUACAAGUUUUUGCCUUACUGGGAAAUUGUGGAAUAUGGGCACUAAACAUCUCAAGGUGGCAUGUGACAUGUUGAUAAGUGUCUCCGUAGGAUCCCUUGUUUCACUUAGAUGACUUGUGUUCAGAGCAAUUGCUCCAUGCAGCUGAAGUGUGGCAUGUUAAGUAGUUAGUGUGAAUACCACUGUGAGUAAGUGGUGUUAAAGUGUGGAGACUAGGGAAAGCCUGCAAAGCUUGUACUUGGAGCAUGUUUAUUGUGGAAAGGACAGUCAAAGCCAGCUAAAAUCCACAGGCCUUGAUCAUCAUUCAUGGCUUAAUGGGUAACUUGUCUGACUUGUGUGUCCUUGAGUGUCCUGUCAUUAGUACAGUCUGGGAUGACAUCUUGUGGUCAAUUCAUCCACUCAUCUGAUAAGUUUCUCAGUGUUUUCAUAAUACUCCGAAGGGGCAUGACAGCAGCCGUUUGGAGGCUGAGGCAGAAAAGCCCAUGGGAGUGAGAGUAUCAGGUGGACGGUGUAACAUACUAGUACCUUCAGAGUCUACUUCUUUAUUGAUGAUGAUAAUUAUUCCUUAACAACUCUUACUAUGAAGCCAAGAUAAAUAUUUUGUAUUCCUUUUAAUACGAAUGAAAUAUUUUAGCAUGGUUAUAUUUUCAUGCUUAACAUUAAUGCCAUAGUUUGAUAGGACAGGUCUGAGGGAAAAACAAAUCAAGUAUGACUCUCUCUCUCUCUCUCUCUCUCUCUCUCUCUCUCUCUCUCUCUCUCUCUCUCUCUCUCUCUCUCUCUCUCUCUCUCUCUCUCUCUCUCUCUCUCUCUCUCCAAUAUACUGAAUUGAAAUUGAUUUGAGGGAGAUGACUCAGGUUCUGACUAACUCCAGUAGGAAGGAUUUACUGGCUGGUUCUCUGUGAGUGACAAAAUUUGCAUUGACUGAUAUUGAACGAGUGCACAUGGCAGCAUAAUGAUCUGUGAAGCAUUGGCUUUUUCAUCAUUAGUAGAGAACAGAUUAGUGAAAACAUUUGCCUUUAGUGUUUGUAGGGAAUUGGCCUCCACUGUUGGACAGAACAUAGUUUGAUUUAUAGGAGGCCUUCUGAUACAUAUGUAUGUAUUUAUUAACUACAAGCCAGUCUACAAACUUUUCAGAAGUGUAAAUAUUCCAAAGAUGUUGCUGUCGUAUACAUUUUGUAAAAAAUAAAAUACUGAUAUGA